GAGAAAAAUCCAGAGAGAGAUUUAGGAGAGUGAUAGGUGGUCGCCUUCAUGUCAGGCUCUUAUAGGAAGCAGAGAGGGACAGAGAUGGCCACCGGCCUGAGGACGCUGCUCUGACCAGGAGGAGGACCGUACAUGGUUGUGCUGCUCUCAGGAGCUAAAGGGAAGUUCUGUAGACAGCUGAGCCCUGGAUCUGCUUCCUGAGCUACUACUGCCACUCGGCGUCUCCAGCCCUUGGACUUGAUCCCUCCAGGGGGUUACAUGUCCUCUGCCGUCUGCAGGAGGUGAGCAGGUCAUUGAGUGCCCGGACCUACCUACCAUAGUGUGUGUGAGUAUACUGUCAGUGUGCAGGGCUGGUGUGUCCAGAUGACCACGGAGAACCACAGUCAGCACUUAGAUCCUUCAGCUCCCCUCACAUCCAGCCCCACCACAGGGGCUCUGAUCAGCCAGCAGUCCGCAGCCAUGGACACCUCCUCCUCCUCCUCUUCAUCUUCAUCCAAGAACAAGAAGCCAAACUCGGGGCUCAGGCGUCCAGAGAAGCCUCCUUAUUCUUACAUCGCCCUCAUUGUCAUGGCUAUUCAGAGCUCUCCCACCAAAAGACUCACCCUCAGUGAGAUCUACCAGUUUUUACAAGCCAGGUUCCCUUUCUUCAGAGGAUCUUACCAGGGCUGGAAAAACUCUGUGCGCCACAACCUGUCUCUGAAUGAGUGCUUCAUCAAGCUGCCCAAAGGGCUGGGGAGGCCGGGCAAGGGUCACUACUGGACCAUUGACCCUGCCAGCGAGUUCAUGUUUGAAGAAGGAUCUUUUAGACGAAGACCUAGAGGGUUCCGAAGAAAAUGCCAAGCUCUGAAACCCAUGUAUAGGAUGAUGAAUGGCAUAGGCUUUAGUACUUCUAUCCUACCCCAAGGAUUUGAUUUCCAACCCCCACCUGCUUCCUUGGCAUGUCACAGUAACGGCUAUAACUUAGAUAUGAUGACAAACUCUAUGACAGGAGGAUACGAUGGCUUGAGUGGAGGUCACCAUGUCCCACAUAUGUCCCCUAAUCCUGGUUCUACCUAUAUGGCCAGCUGCCCUGUCUCCUCUAGUGGUGACUAUGGACCUGACAGCAGCAGCAGCCCUGUGCCUUCUUCUCCAGCUAUGGCCAGUGCUAUGGAAUGCCAUUCUCCUUACACCACUCCUACAGCUCACUGGACAUCAUCAGGGGCCUCUCCCUACUUGAAGCAGCAGGCCAUGCCACCUAGUAAUGCAGCAUCUGCAGGGAUACACUCAGGCAUGUCAUCUUACACCCUGGAACAAACAUACCUCCAUCAAAACACCCGGGAGGACCUCUCAGUGGGAUUGCCCCGUUACCAGCACCACUCUUCCCCAGUGUGCGACAGAAAGGAUUUUGUCCUCAAUUUCAAUGGGAUUUCUUCUUUCCACCCGUCUGCCAGUAGUUCCUAUUACCAUCACCAUCAUCAUCAGAGUGUCUGCCAGGAUAUAAAGCCCUGCGUCAUGUGA